AUUCAAUGUAACAUAAUAUUUACUAUGCCGACGAGGACUGAGCAGUGUGUCUCGUGACGUCGCCGUGAACUGUUGUCGCUGUCGUUUUUGCCGUUUCCGUUUGUUUGUUUUUUACUAUUUUAAUAGUUCUGUUAUCUCUUUUGUUAUUGUUUCCGUGUAGUCGUUUUCCGUGUACGCUUCAUCCAUCCCAAGUUUUGAAAGUUGAAAAGCGUUCAACGGCGGUGAUUUACCAGAAUGAUGGGAUUUAGGUACGCGGUGGUCGUAAGUUCGGUUUUUUAUUUAAUUGUUUGAAACCGCACAAAAGACGACGAGCAACGAAUUAAUAUUGCGUGAACGGGUUUAGCCAGUCGUCUUUGUGAUACUUACGCUAUGACAUCAGACUAAGAUACACGAAACAUUUGGAUAAUCGCCACCAUGUAAAUUGACAAUUUUCACCAAACGUGAUCACUAUCCAUCAUGACACGUUAUUAUAAUUUGGGCAUAUACGCUGCGGCGUUGUUACUUGCCCACCUGUGUUAUCCAGCUCAAUCGGAAACUGAGCUCAAAGGAUCUAAUGUUUGUACCAGAUUAGACCUGUAUAAUGUGACGGUUAAUGUGACUGAAAUGAAACCAUACCAAGUACGAGAGUCUUAUUUUUGCUUUACAGACUUCAAACUAAAAUGUUCCAGAUACCGAAUUGUAAUGAAAUCAAUUGUUUCGCAGCAGGUCUUGGAAAAAAGAAAGCCUAUUGAAGAAUGCUGUGAAGGAUUUGUUAUAUCACCAAAUAAAACAAAUUGCAUUCCAGUUUGUCAGAACAACUGUGAACAUGGUACUUGCAUAUUUCCAAAUAUUUGUAAAUGCGAUGACAACUAUGGAGGACCUUAUUGCAAUAAAACAUGUCCACCUGGAAAAUUUGGCGAGUUCUGUACAGAAAAAUGUCAGUGUGAAAAUGGAUCACCAUGUGAUCCAUAUGACGGUCAGUGCAAAUGCUUAGCAGGUUGGACAGGAGUAGACUGUUCAGAGAAAUGUUCGCCCCAUAACUUUGGCAUUAACUGUGUUGAAGAAUGUCCUUGUAAAAACGGUGCUAUUUGUGAUCCAGUCACUGGAAAAUGUGACUGCCCCCCGGGAUUUAGAGGUCCACUGUGUGAUCAGAGAUGUCCAUCAGGUCGUCACGGAGAUGAGUGCCAAAGCGAAUGCAAAUGUCAGAAUGCAGGUAGUUGUGAUCCACAAACUGGUCAUUGUUUGUGUUCCUCUGGGUGGACGGGAAUGGUGUGUGGAGAAAAAUGUGAGCCUGGAAAAUGGGGAGUUAACUGCAGUAAGUCAUGUGAUUGUUUCAAUGAAGGUUAUUGUCAUCAUAUUACUGGACAAUGUCAAUGUAUGCCUGGAUAUUAUGGCGAAAAAUGCAAAGAUAUCUGUCCGGAAGGAAUGUAUGGUCCAAAUUGUUUGAAAAAUUGUACUUGUCCAGAAAACUCGUAUUGUGAACCAAAAAAUGGAAAAUGCAUAUGUGAAAAAGGAUGGAAAGGUGAUAAAUGUUCCAAACGAAUAUGUCCAGAUAGUCUUUAUGGAGAAAGAUGCGACAAAAUAUGUCAAUGCAUUACUACUAAUACCAAAUCGUGUCAUCCGUGGAAAGGAACCUGUGAGUGUGUAGCUGGUUGGGAUGGUCCGACGUGCUCUAGAACGUGUCCCUUGUAUACUUAUGGCGAAAGGUGUCGAAGAAAAUGCGAUUGCAACAACAACGCACAAUGUUUGGCUAAUAAUGGCACAUGCAUAUGUGGUCCUGGUUAUCGUGGAUUAUCAUGUAACGUAACCUGUCCUGAAGGUACAUACGGCGAGAACUGUAACAACCAGUGUCAAUGCAACAAUGGAGCCAAGUGUUCUCCUGAAUCUGGUAUGUGUUUAUGUCCUCCUGGGUGGAGAGGACAGCAAUGUGAUUUGCCGUGUGAAAAAUCAUUUUACGGUGAAAAUUGUAAAAACGAAUGUCAAUGUAAAAACGAUGCAGCGUGUAGUCCCGUCGACGGUGCCUGCACUUGCCAACCGGGUUUUACUGGUGAUAACUGCAACUCGGCUUGUCCGCCCGAGACUUAUGGCAGAGACUGUAAGCAGACUUGCGAGUGCAACUGGGAAAAUACGGCGUCGUGCAACCCGGUGACUGGUGAAUGCAAAUGCAUCGAAGGCUGGAACGGUGUACAUUGUGAGACACUCUGCCCGCGCGGCACUUACGGUGAGGAUUGUCAGAACGAAUGCGAUUGUCACAACGACAGUUCGUGCGACCAGAAGACGGCCAAGUGCACAUGCACUCGUGGCUGGGAAGGGCUUAAGUGUGAUCUGCCGUGCAAGCCGAGCAAGUAUGGUUUCGGGUGCAAAGAGGAGUGUCCGGAAAGACAUUCCGAUGAUAACUUGUCGUGCGACCAUGUGACCGGAAAGUUUGAAUGCCGACCCGGUUACAUCGGACCUAUAUGCCAGCACGCUUGUCCAGCCAAGUCAUACGGACAGGGAUGUCUGAAGAAGUGCGACUGCGGAUACGGAGAUUGCCAUCACGUCACCGGCGCUUGCCACUGUUAUCCGGGCUGGACUGGUUCCAACUGCACGAAAGCAUGUCCGCCCGGCACAUACGGUAUCAAUUGUGGGCUCCCAUGUAAAUGUCAAAACGGCGGUUCUUGCCGUGCCAUUGAUGGAGUUUGCCACUGUAAACCAGGAUUCACCGGCCCUACGUGUUCCGAAGUUUGUCCUGAUCAAUAUUAUGGCGAUCACUGCAUGUCUAUGUGCAACUGUCCUAGUGAAAAAUUUAUCUGUCAUGCAGUCGACGGUUGUGUAUGCAGACACGGUUACACAGGUGAGAACUGUGAUGAGCCGUUAACUGACCGACAAGUUGGUACAUUGGAAACUGAAAAGAGCUCUUCAGGUGCUUUUGCUGGAAUGUUUGUUGCUAUUUUGGUAAUAGCUGCAUUUAUUAUGUUGUUCUUAUACUACCGCAAUCGUGUUGCUGGUCUCAAAAAUGUCAUACAUGCACAUGUCCAAUAUGGAGCCGAUCCACUUAGCUUAAAUCAAGAUCGAUUCCAUUUUGACAAUCCUGUAUAUUCUUUUGGACAGACUAGCACAACAGUAGGAAUGGUUAGUGAACACCAAACAUUGAACAACUGUCAAAUUAAAAACAAUUUGUCUAAGCCUAAUAAUUUGGUGAAAGCUGGUUGCUCGUCAUCAUUGAUGGAUGACAGUGAUAGUUAUGGUAUGCCAUCAACUAGCGCUUCAUCUUUCAAAAAUAUGGAAGCUGAUUUAAACAACCCUAACAUCUAUCACAGUUUAGAUGAUUUAAAAUCAGAAAAUUUGUAUGAUGAAAUUGAAGACAAAAAAUUAGCUGCAGCAGAACAAGAAUACGACCAUUUGGACUAUCAGCGACCUAACGGUACAUGGAAGCCUCAUUACCAACGGAUGUCGACAAGUUUAAAGGCUGAAAGCAAAAAGAAUUUAAAUGUUGAAUAAAACAAAUUAUAAUAUUAUAAGACUUGCCGAAUUGUUCAUGAAGUCCUAAGUAACUGUCUUCAGACAAUACUAAUUUGACUUUAGUUAUCAACAUUAAUCUCUUCUUUUUUUUUAUUAUUUAUAUAUUUGUAUUGCUUUUUAUUUACCUACAUUUUAUUUAAAUAGUACCUAAUCAUAUUAUAUUAUACUAAAUAAUUUUGUUUUAUACCAAAUUGAUAUAUUUUAUUAUUGAGGCGCUCUGUGAUAUUUUAUUAAUAUACUUGCGUAGUCCAUUAUUGAUAGACUUCUAAAAUUUGUCUUUACAACUGAAAAUAAACAAACAUUACUAAAAAUGAUUUAAUAUUAAAUCUAGGACAUUUUAUAAAAAGUUUUCCAUAAAUAUAAUUAUAUAUUAUUUUGGAGUGUUAUAUUUAGCAUCUCACGUUGUAUACAUUAUUAUUAUUUUUAUUUCAUGUGUAAUUAAACGAACAAUUCAUAUAAUCUUACUUUUUGUAGGUACUAUCUACAAUAAGUUUUACUUCAUUUCUUUUUUACUUAGAUAUUAUAUUAAGGAGCUCAUAUUUUAUUUGUUUGUGAUUAAUGAUUAAUAUAGGUCAUGAGUUAAGUUUGACCUAUUUAUAUUUUGUUCUGUUAAAUGUAAUUGAUUUUAUUUAAACAUUUACCUACUAUAAUUGUACCUAUAUAUUUGAUGAAUAAACGUGCAUUUAUCUUUACUA